GAGCUUCAUUUUGUGCAAACGGUGCGUUCAUCUCAGAUCAGAAGCUACCUAAUCAUCGAAGAAGAGCUACGUUCAGCUGCAGAAGAUCAGUAGAGCGGUACGUCCUCGUCCGCAUCAACUCAUCAAGGACUGAUGGAGUUUCUGGGAGGAUCAUUGGACGUGCCGAGGAGCAUGGGAGGCCCGAAGAGGAUGGACAGGAAGAGCGGCGGCGGGUCAUGGCGGCAGGCGCCGGCGCCGGUGAGGCAGCUGUUCUGGAGGGUGAGACGCGCCAUGCUGCGGCCGAAGCGCCGCGCCGUGAGCUUCGGGUACGACUCCAAGAGCUACUCCCAGAACUUCGCCGACGGCCUCGUCCCCGCUCACUGUCUCUAGCGGCACCCGGCCGCAUGGGCCGUCUUCUUUUUCUUCUUCUCAGUUUUACUUCGCCCGGCCAGACCCCGGCUCGUGGCUGGAGAGUACAGGUGGCGCCACCUUGUAAAUUGUACUCUAGCUCAGCUACCAGUGUGGUAGUAGUAUUAGACAGUACUGUUCAUACACAAGUUGCUUAGUGUUCAAAGUCUGAAACGACCAAUGAAAUGACACUGUAUCUAUGCUGUCAGCGAGCCCUCACUUGCCACAGCGGAAUGGGAUUUAAAACCAUUUCUGUCUAUGUCGCGCCUGGAAUAAAAGUCUCGCACCCGGGCUUCUCUC